AUGCCAGUCCCGCUCCCCAUCCUCAUUCCCGCGGCGGCCGCCUCCCUGGCCUAUCUCAACGCCAAAAGCAGCUUCUGGUACGACCUAGCGCUCGUCAAGAGCCUCGUCAAAGCAUCUCUCCGCGUGCGGCAUGGCCUUAACCAUGACACAAUCAACCUCUUCUACGCCCUGGAAUCGGCAGCCCUGAGCCGCCGCCUGGCCAACAAGCCGUUUCUCAUCUUCGAGGGCAAGACAUACACCUACGCCCAGACUUAUGACAGGGUUCUCCGGUAUGGCCACUGGAUCAGGAAGAGGUUCGGCGUGAAGCCGCAGGAGAUUGUUGCAAUGGAUUUUGAAAACUCGGACACCUUUAUCUUUGUGUGGUUUGCGCUGUGGUCGAUUGGCGCGAAGCCAGCCUUUAUCAACUACAAUCUCACUGGGAAGCCCCUGGCUCACUGCAUCAAGGCGGCGACCACGAGGCUCUGUCUCAUUGACCCUGCUGUGGCUUCGAAUUUUGAGGAUGAGAGCGUCAAGCAGAGCUUGCCCAAUGUCGAGUUUGUCGUCUUUACGCCCGAGGUAGAGGCCGAAGCCCUGGCGACGGCUCCAGAACGGGCUUUCAAUACAGACCGGUCGGACGGGACCAUGGCUAGCAUGGCGAUGCUUAUAUACACCUCAGGUACGACGGGCUUGCCGAAGCCGGCUGUCGUUUCAUGGGCGAAAUGUAUAUACGGAGGGACCAUGGCUGCGACUCUGCUAAACCGUGGUGAUAGCGACAUCAUGUACACGUGCAUGCCACUAUAUCAUUCCUCCGCCGCUCUCCUAUCCGUCUGCGCAACCUUGCUGUCCGGCUCGACGCAAGCACUGGGCCGCAAGUUCUCGACGAAGCGCUUCUGGGACGAGUGCCGCGCCUCCAAGGCCACGUCGAUCCAGUACGUCGGCGAGACGCUGCGGUACCUGCUGGCGGCGCCGCCGCAGCUGGACCCCGUCACUGGUGAAAACCUCGACCGCAAGCACCACGUGCGCUUGGCCUUUGGCAACGGUCUCCGGCCGGACAUCUGGGACCGCGUCAAGGAGCGGUUCGGCAUCGAGACCAUUGCCGAAUUCUACGCCGCUACCGAAUCGCCCGGCGCCGCGUGGAACGUGUCCAGCAACGACUAUGCCCGCGGCGCCAUCGGGCGCUCCGGCUGGCUGCACUUGCUGCUGUCGGGCAGCUCGUCGGCGCUGGUCGAGGUGGACUGGGCGACGGACUCGCCCUGGCGCGACCCCGUCACGGGCUUCUGCCGGCGCGUCAAGCCGGGCCAGCCCGGCGAGAUGCUGUACCGCCUGCCGGCCGACGACAUUGGCCAGCGCUUCCAGGGCUACUUCAACAACCCGGGCGCCUCGGACGCCAAGAUCCUGCGCGGCGUCUUCCGCCCCGGCGACGCCUGGUUCCGGUCCGGCGACGUGCUGCGCCGCGACGCCGACGGCUUGACCUACUUCAGCGACCGCAUCGGCGACACGUUCCGCUGGAAGUCGGAGAACGUGUCGACGGCCGAGGUCAGCCAGGCCAUGGGCCUGCACCCGGCGGUCCGCGAGGCCAACGUCUACGGCGUUGAGCUGCCGCACCACGACGGCCGCGCGGGCUGCGCCGCCGUCUGUCUCGAUCCUCCCGUCCCCGACGAGGCUACGCUGCGGAGCCUGGCUGCCCACGUGAAUGCCUCGCUGCCGCGGUAUGCUCGCCCCUUGUUCUUGCGACUUGUCAAGGACGUUGGUGUGGGGAGUCAAACUACGGGGACGAACAAGCAGCAGAAGCAGAGUCUGCGGGCUCAAGGGGUGAAGCCGAGAACCAAGGCUUCUGGGGGAGAAGGCAGUAGCGAAGAAGGCGAGACUGAUGUAUACUGGCUGAGGGGCGAUUCAUAUGUUCCGUUUAGAGAGAAGGAUUGGAGGGAGCUUGAGGGGGGGAGGGUGAAGCUGUAG